UUUUAUAUUUGAUAUCUGAACUUUUAAAAUGUUUUUUGAAUGGCUAACAGACUCUGACUAUUUUCAGAAGUUAAUUGGAAUUAAUCAAUUCAUGGGAAAGGACUUUAAUGGUGGUUUAAAGUUCACCGAUGAACACAACAGCGCUUCUUGUUUGAUCGAGAUACAACAGUCAGAGAGUUUCCAGACUUGAAGAUGUUUCACCUGAAGCAUGGAGUUUAAACCGAGGCUCGUUGCCUUCAUUGCUUUGGUUCUUCAGACUGUUCCCAUCGUCCUGAUCCUUCACUUCUCUGCAGGACAUUCAGAUCUGAUUUGCUCACACCAACCAAUAGUAGCCUUGACUGGUGAUGAUGUCAUCCUACCUUGCUGCCUUGAACCUGCCAUCAGUGCGGGGACUGUGGAGUGGAUUAAACCUGGUUUGCACCCAAAGUACAUCCAUGUCCACCAAGAUGGACGACUGGAGUAUCAGACUCAAAAUCCUUCUUAUAAUUUCCGAACACGACUGUUUGUGGAUGAACUGGAACAAGGAAACGUCUCCAUGAAAAUCUUCAGUGUGAAACUGUCUGAUGAAGGAAAAUACAGAUGUUACAUUCCUGCAGUGCACAAAGACGCUUUUGUCCAACUUGUUGUUGGUUCUGUCUCCUCACCCGUCGUCAAGGCAACCAACUCCACCUUCAGUGGAGUGGUGUUGCAGUGUGAGUCUAAAGGCUGGUAUCCAGAGCCUGAGCUGUUGUGGCUGGACGGUGAGGGGAAGCUGCUCUCUGCUGGACCUACAGAGACAGUCAGAGGUCCUGAUGACCUCUAUACUGUCAGCAGCAGAGUGACUGUGGAGAAGAGACACAGCAACAACUUCACCUGUAGAGUCCAACAGAAGAUCAUCAACCAGACCAGAGAGACACAGAUUCAUGUUCCAGAUGAUUUCUUUAUGACGCAGUCCACCUCCAGUUCACCUGCUUCUAUCAUUGGUUCGGUUGCUGGCAUCAUCAUCAUCAUUUCUAUUAUCGCAGUUGCCAUCGUUUUUCGGAAAAGGAGAAAAAAUAAAAUCAAAACCAGUGGAAACCGAGGAUCCAAUGAUGAAACAGGACAAAAUAAGCAGCAGUCUGGUUCUGACGGUGCUGAAGUCCAGCCUCUGGCUGAAGCAGGAGUGACGGAGAAACUCAGGACAGAAAACACUGAAUCUGAACAUGGGGGAGGUGGAAGUGAAAAUUACAGCCGUGCAGGGGACACUGUUUCCUGUCGAGGAGGAAAGAAAGGUAGAGCAGCUAAUGGCAGAGGGAAAGGUAACCUCCAGAGGUGUUGUUAGGAUCUUGGGACAUUUGGGGCCUGGGCCAGGUGGU